GGAACAUUAUUUGUGUCAUUCCAUAGACUGCUGAUUUAUUUCCUGCUCUUGUUGAACAUCGGUCUGUUCGGAUCACAGGAUCCCCUUUUCCGCCCUCUGUCCCACACACAAUCCCAAAAUUUCAUCCUCGAUCCAGUAGUCACUUUCUACUCAGACUUCAGUCUGGCCGGCACAACCAUUCCGGCUAAGGGGGAGGAGGACUUCCUCACGCUGGCCGCCUCCCGGCUCAGCCGCAAAAAACGCGUCAUCGGGGCUGGAGUUGGCGUGGCCAUGGUCCUGGUCCUGCUGGUGGCCAUCCCCCUAUUGGUCCACACCACCAAAGGGGGUGGGUCUGGAGGAGGGGGCACACAUUAUGAGAUGCUCGGGAGCUGCAAGAUGGUCUGUGACACUUUCACCCCCCCACAGGGAGAGCUUACUGUUGUCUCCCCUCAGCCCCCAGACUUCUCAAACCGCAGGGGAAAACAAGGGUUUAGAGGGAGCCCCGGACUUCCUGGUCCUCCAGGUCCUAAAGGGCCCCCUGGAGAGCCAGGCAAGCCUGGCCCAUCUGGUCCACCAGGGCCCGGACCCGGUGGCUACGGCCCCUCUUUCUACAGCCCCAAAAUUGCCUUCUACGCAGGCCUCCGGAAACAACACGAAGGGAGCGAAAUACUAAAGUUUGAUGAUGUGGUGACCAACGUAGGGAACUACUACGAGCCGAGUACAGGCAAGUUCACCUGCCCUCUGCCUGGCAUCUACUACUUCACCUACCAUGUCCUGAUGAGAGGUGGUGAUGGCACGAGCAUGUGGGCCGACCUGAAGAAGAACGGACAGGUGAGGGCCAGUGCAAUCGCUCAAGAUGCAGAUCAGAACUACGACUAUGCCUCUAACAGUGUCAUCCUUCAUCUGGACGUGGGCGACGAGGUGUGUGUACAGCUAGACGGCGGCAAAGUUCACGGGGGAAACACCAACAAAUACAGCACCUUCUCCGGCUUCCUCAUCUACCCUGACUGACAGUACACUUAUGUUUAUAUACUCUCUCUCUCUCUAUCUCUUUUCUGUAAUCAAGCAAAAAGUUUUCCUCUCCAUCCUGCAUCUUAACAUGUCACGAUUCCAUCAAGAAAUUUCAUUCACAACGCCUAACAUGAAAUAACCGGACCACAGUUCAUAAAUUGACUUUGAAGAGAGUUUGUGUAAAAAUGCAAAUGGUAUUGUACUAUAUAUAUAUAUAUAUAUAUAUAUAUAUACACAUACAUGUACUAUAUAUAUAUACUUCUGAAGCACAUGCUAGUGUAAUCUAUGCCACAUCCAGUAUGUGUUAGCAUGGCUAAAACACACACAAUUAACAUCUGUUUCACAUGCACAGAGGCGCACAAACACAAAGCGAAGUUGUUCCACUGAGAGUAAAUGGUCGUUUCAGUCACCGGUUUGAAAUCUACUGAAAUGAUCUCUGAAUGUAGACUGUAAAUUGAAGAGUGUGUAUUUGGCUGCAGCCUCUCACCUCCACUGUGAGAUGUUUUUUUAAAUGUGGCCCGUAGUAGACACCAAAUGAGAAAAGUCAUGAAUAUAUUGAUCGCAGCUGAUAAUACAGCCAACACCACAACCAUAAUCAGUGUGCUGUGUUCACGCCCGUGUGCAAGCAUUCAGUAUGUGUGCGUUUACUCCUCGGCUUGUGUCGAGGCUUUAAGAGUGUCGCGUUGCUGUCAUUUUGACUCGCACAGUCUGUGACUCCUGUUAAAGUAGGGGGGGUGUCAAGUUGUCGGUAACAGUCCCUUAACUCACACAUUAUACUGAUACUGAGGUUUAGCUGUGAGAUUUUCCCUGAGCCAGAGUCUCAUCAUGUCCCGCUAAUGAGCUGAGGCUUCGUCUGCAGCCUCACCUGUUUAGUCACACUCAAACUUGGCAUCUGCAGUGGGCACUGUAGUGAUUGUGACUUAAUUAUAAAUAAGUUCAAAUUAAGUUUGACAUUUCAGAAAUAUGGUCAGUUGCUUUCUUGCCAAGAGUUGGAUGAGUAGGUUGAUAAAACUUUCAUUUACUGCAACUGUAGCGGCUCAUCAGUCCUGAUUUUAGCCACUCGCUGGGACCUGCUUUAGCGCACUUCAAUGCAGGUAUUUGUGAACUUAUAUAGCGGUAAAAAAAACGUGCAAUCUCCCCAUCACCCAUACGUGAUCAGUGAUCAAAUGCAGCUGCCCUUAUAAAGACUUAGCCACUCCCUGUGCAAACACCUGACCUGAUAAUCAGGAUAAAUGAUCAGAAUGUCUCCUACAGCAACAUUUCUGCAUUAAAUGAUCUAAAAACGACAAGACUAAUGUUGUACAUUUUGUUGAGUAGUAUUAUAAAUAGGGAUGAGCUGAUACAAUAUUACCAGGUUCUCGGGUUUCCUCCCACAGUCCAUAAACAUGCAGAUUUGGGGAUUCUGUAAAUUGGACACUCUAAAUUGACCGUAGGUGUGACAGUGAGAGUGGAUGUCAGCAGCCACAUUUUAGCUGAGUCAUGUUGUUGGCUGUUUAUUUUUUCUUGUGGGAAAAUAAUAUCUGCUACACAAUUGGAUAAGUGUGUCUUUUAAAUAGUUUAAAAGGUGUAAAAUGACUGUAUUGGACUGAUAUCGGUAUCAGUAGAUACUCGAAAAGUUGGUAUUGUGCCAUCCCAAGUUAUUAAAUUAGCCAAAUUAUUUCCAACACUCCAUAGAGGAUUUUCUGGAUUUCUGUUUCAAGGUAAAUUUUUCUUGCAUUUUAAUGGUGCCAUCCACUUUACUCUCUCAGCUAUAACUCCCCUACAAAAAGAAAUGUACGGUACUGUUAGUUAGCCAGUGUGUUAUUGAUCACGACUGUUCUGCCGACAAAGCUCUACCACUAAAGGACAAACACUCAGGAGAACUAAACAGGACGACGGGAUAACAAUUCCCAUGAUCCCACGCUGCUUCCUGACUUCCUCAAAUUAGGUCUUUAGUUAUAGUUUUGAUUGUAUAGUGGCAGAAAUGAAAUCACUUGUGUUUAAAAGACGUGGUCAGAGUAUACAUAAUACAUCUGUGGGCAUCAUAAAGUGAGACGCUUUUAACACUGGGGUUAAUGACACACAUUUAAGUCCUUAGGUGACAGUGUUGUACAGUAUUUCAUAGCAUUGUACUAUAAAGGCCAUUAGGUAAUAUUUUAUAUUGGUGUUUGCAAGAAUAAAAAGGUUCACACCCAGACUCCUGACCUCUACACAGCUUAGUAAACAUUGCCAAAAGUCAACAUUAAUGUUGGAUUGACAAUAUAGAAAAGUCAUCACCUCAAUGUGAGAGAAGGGAUUUGCCAAAGUUAUUUCUCCUUCCGCUUCUAAGUGACUGUUCGAUACAAACACCGAAACCUUUUAUGGUUCGCUCAUGAACAGUUAUACCUCCUUUACACAAGAACGACUGGUUUUGUUAUAGGCAAGUGGAAUAAAAAAGCUUUAUUUACUGUCACUAUAAAAUGUAGCGUGAUAAUAGAGUGUCACUGUGGUCAGUGCAUUUGUGAAAACGUACGAUAAAAACAUUCUAUAAAAAAACAGCCACAAACAUCAACUGCCACAACACAAUACUGCCAUCUACCGAGGUAGUUACGACCCAGUGAAAUGAGUAAUGAAUAAAGAGAUGGAUAAAUUAUUUUCUAACAGUAUUGCACAUUUCAUUAAUUAUUUCCCUGGUCAGAAAGGUCAAAAUUAGUAUGCAGAAUAGUCUGAUGUUUGCUAGUGUGAAGGCACAGAGAAAGAAACUGGUCAUUACCAGCUAUAGCUUUGCCAAGCAAAUUAUUUGCAGAGCUAUGACUGGCUGUUUCCCUCUGUUAGGGUUGCCAACCAUUCUGUAAAAUAAGGAUUUGCUCCGUAUUGGAACGAUAAAACACGUGUUCUGUAUUGAACAGAUACGGAACGUUGUAAUGAAAAUUGCGCGGGAAAAUAAAAUCCUCCUCCUGCUGUCGAUGUGUCUGUUUCUCAUUACCAUCCAACUGAAAAUGCGCACUUUUAAUUGAUCGUCCGAUUCACUGUGAGUCCUGUGUGUCAUAGCAACGAGAUGUAAAGGUAAAAUGGCGACAGGAGGAUACUGCUCAGGUGAAAACAAAUAGGAUAUUGCAAAAAUAUAAUGAAAGUAUUACAUUGAUAUUUAAACUCAUAUUUGGUGGAUAGAAAGCUCCAUACAUAGACAAAAUAUUGUAAAACAUUGAGCCUGUUAAUAAAGCCUAUGUAAUGUGUAUAAUAUCAGGUAAAACUCUCUGCAAGAAAGUGACUAAACUAUUUCCCCAAAAAGCCAAUUUAUUCGUCUUAUUUUAUGGUGAAUGUAUCCACACAUGAAGACAGUGAUGUUAUAAUGUUGUAAGGUCUUACUGCCAUAUACCACACCUAUCGGUUUCUGUGCCUUACAAUUUAUUUUUUUAUUUUAUUUCUAAGCAUUAUUGAAUCUGGAGCACCAGUUAUGUCGGGGGGGUUGAUCUCUUGUGGUCUGCUAAUCAGGGAGAACAAAAAAAACCAAACAAAAUAAACAAAAAACUAAGAGAAAAAAAAAGAAAAAAAAAUCCAACCUAAAUGAAUCCCUGUGAUACGCAAAUGUUGUUCCUCACAUUGUCAUGAAAAUGCAGAUGCCAACUGAGAACACUGUCUGUAAAUGUUGUGUCUAAGUGGAGUUAACUCACUGCUGUAAAUAAAAAUGUGGACUCGACUGCUCAUUCUGUACGGUGGGUGGGAAACACCGAUGGGGAAUGAACAACUGAAGCAUGUCACUGUGUGUAAUUCCAAAUCUGCAUCCAGAAAAAAAUGAUGAUGAUGUAGCCAAAAUGAUUAUAUUACAUUUUUUUUGUUCAUGAUGUUUAGGUGGGCUGUAUGUGGAACUCAUUUUAACUUAUCUACUGUAGUUUUAGACGAGAGCUUCAUGUUUGCCCGAUACUAUACUUGUAUAAGUAUGUGACACAGACUUUGUUGUCCUGAGUGGCACAGAUCCAACCCUGAGGACUGAUAGCAUGAAUGUACCCUGAUGAGAUUUGGAUGUAAACGUUCUGAUUGACUUGUCAUUCUUGUGCUGUGAUUAAAAAGAAGAAAAAGAAAACCAAAACAUUCUGACAUUGUGUAUUGCAUACAAAGACUUUCCUGUUGAGUGGCUUUACAUGCUAUUACCUUUGUUUAUGUUAUCAUAAAUUCAAGGACACAGUGAGCAUGGGAAUCUGUUGUGUCCACUGCUCAGGGUGUGACUUUAUUGUACUGUGUAACUCGACGUAUAUUUAAGUUGCAUAGUGAGCACUGCAGCAGCCAACCAUCAGGUAAGCAUGUUAAACCCAUGGAAAUAAAUAAAACAACUUCAGAAAACCA